CACUUGGAAUUGUAAUUACCCAUUCAAUUUAGAAGAUAAUUAGGUUUAAGCCCAGAUCUUACUCUUAAAUUUUAUAAUUUCAAUCUCGUGUACACUGACUUCGCUUACUAUCAUUCCACUUAUGGCUGAUUUUUCACAAAAUCUACCCCAACCUCGGCUUCCAGCUUCGACCCCGACGCCGGCUUCCGAUCCUUCUCAAACUUCGGCUGCAGCUCGACAUUUGGCUGUGGUUCCUGGUCAUUCAUUGCCACCGGCACCAGCUCAAUCUUUAACUCCGGCUCCGGCUCCGGCUCAGUCAGUCGCUCCUGUCACUAGUCGAACUUUGGCUCCGGCUCCAACUCAAUCUGCGGCUCUGGUUCAAAAUUCGACUCCUCCCCCGGCUCCGGCUGCCUCUCCUCCUAACCGCAUUGCAGAACACUUGAAGCACAAAAACCGUUUGCAAGAGUAUGCGCAAAGAUCCGGUAUUCAACUCCCAGUUUAUCAAACAAUCAGUGUAGGAGGAUAUUCGCAUGCUCCACAGUUUAGGUCUACCGUGUUUGUGGAUGGAGAAGCUUAUACAUCUCCUAACACCUUCUCACAUCGAAAAGCAGCUGAGCAGGAUGCUGCCAAGUUUGCUUUUGAGAAUAUAGAAAAGAAAGUAAAGGACCGAGGAUGUCCUCUCAUUAUUGGGGAUACAAUAUUCUGCAAACUUAUCUUGAAUGAAUUUGCAACAAAGAGGAAUUUGGAAAAGCCUACUUAUAGUACCACUAGUCCAGAAGGUUUACUUCCAGUUUUUGUAUCCUCAGUGGUGUUUGAUGGUACAAGUUAUACUGGAGAACCUGGUAAAAACAAGAAAGAAGCUGAACAAUUGGCAGCACGAGCUGCUAUUGUCUCGCUAUUGGGUAAUUCUGGGUUUGCAACUUCACUUUCUGAGAUCAUAAAGUCCAAAGCCAAAUUAUAUGCUGCAAUGCAUAAAGUCAAGGACACCAAUGAUGGCACCCAAAAUAUGGGGGUAAACACAAGACAGAACCCAGAGAUUUUUGUCAGUAAAGUGGUUGAAGCUGCUGUGACUAGCAAUAUGCCAACAAUUGCAACCACAGAGGCGGCAUGCUCAGGAAUGCAUCCACUACACCAUCAAUUUAAAAAACCAAAACCAGAACCAGCCUUUGAAACAGUGAAUUCCCCUAUUCAAUUUGUGCCUCCAGUUUUAGGACAGCCUUUGGGAUUUUCUUCAAGCUGUUCAAACAAGCGACGUAGAAACAAAAAGAAGGGUAACAAGAAAUUAUGCACAGAUGCUCAGCUGUCAGAUGCUGCUCAGCCUGCAAGUCAGGCCCCUUCUUAUUCGGUAGCCCAGCCAUUGAGUCAAGCCCCACUUUCUUCUGUAGCUCAGUGAACGGCUGAUCUGCAUUAUGCAUGUAUUUAUUUGUUGUAGGAUUCUGGUCUUCUUGAGUUUUGACUGUACCCUGUAUGAAUACUCUGGUAUUGUGGCUGUGCUACAUAGAAGAUUGUUUACUAA